AUGGAAACAAAACAUACCCCGGUCCCAAAUGGGAUGACGUCAUUCUGGCGGACAGAGCCUCACCUUCUCGACAGCCAUCGAUCUACCGAAUCUCUCCCUCGAGAGUGCGAUAUCGUGGUUAUAGGAGCGGGAUAUGCAGGGGCAUCUUUUGUGCAUAAUAUUCUCGACCAAAUUACCCCCGGAUCGAAAUCGCCUUCGAUUGUGAUUUUGGAGGCGCGACAGGCUUGUUCUGGUGCCACUGGUCGAAAUGGGGGUCACAUGAAGCCUGAUGUUUAUAAUGGUAUUGCUGGCUUAGCCGCUGAACAUGGUAUCGAGGCUGCUGCUGAGGUUGCAGCUUUUGAGGCUAAACACGUCUCAUUUCUCAAAGAGUUCAUCGAAAGAGAAAAUAUAGAUUGUGAAUAUUCGGUCACAAAGGCUAUCGAUGUCCAGCUGUCUCUAGAUCAUAGUGUGAGACUCAAGGAGGGAUACGAAAGAUUGAUCAAGGAGGGAUGUGAACCAACAACAAAGGCAAAAUAUAUCUCCAGCAAUGAGGCAGAGAAGUUUUCUGGAGUCAAAGGUGCGCAGGGCUGUUUCACAUAUGACGCCGGCCACAUUUGGCCAUACAAAUUCGUCCUGCACCUUUUGGAAAAAGCAAUUGCACAAGGUGUAAAUUUACAGACUCAUACUCCGGUAUCUGAAAUUGCACAGUCUACUGCCUCAAUAUCUGGCCACCUCUGGACAGUCAAUACUGCCCGAGGUUCUGUCGCUGCCAAGACAGUGAUUUUAGCAACAAAUGCCUAUACCUCGGCUCUGGCCCCUCAAUAUAAGGAAAAAAUCAUCCCUGUCCGGGGAACAUGUAGUCGAAUCAUCGUUCCUCCAGGCAGUACUGCUCCUCGCCUGACGAAUACCUACACUCUACGUUGGAACAACUGGAACUAUGAUUACCUGAUCCCUCGCGACGAUCAGAGUAUAGUCGUCGGCGGUGCUCGCCCGGCUUUCAUCAAUGAUCUAGACAGCUGGUACGAUAUCAGUGAUGACAGCAUAGUACUCGAGCCUACUAUUCGAUAUUGGGAUAAUUAUAUGCAGCGGAACUUUGUUGGUUGGGAGAAUAGUCAUGCUUAUACGGACAGGGUAUGGACAGGGAUUAUGGGCUAUUCGUCAGAUGGAUUACCCCACGUUGGCCAUGUCCCAGGACAGAAGAACCAGUACAUUAUCGCUGGUUUUACGGGACACGGAAUGCCCCAAAUCUUCCUGGCGGCUGAGGGUUUGGCAAAAAUGGUACUCAAUAAUGUCAAUUUUGCUCAAACGGGACUCCCACGGCUGUUUGAGUCUACCGAAUCCCGGCUUGAGAGUCGCCAGAACAAGAUAUUAGCCAGCACCCCGAAUGGGAAACCACAAGCAAGACUAUGA